CACGUGACUCUCCUCCCUGCUGCCGCCUGGAAGGGAGGAGGAGCUGCCGCAGAAUCAACAACAUUCGGGAGGAAGGGAGAGGACGGCGGGAUGGCCGAGGCGGUGAGGCCCCGGAGUUCGGCCAAAACAGGCCGCAGCAAAGCCAAGGAAAAAAAGAAGAAACGUGAAGAAGUAGAGAGAGUCGUAACCCCGGCGCUCCUUCCAAGCGCAGUUAAAGAUGAAGGAUCUUUUCAGCCCCACAAAUCCCAAGCGGAACACAUUCCAGAAUCAACGCUCUGUACUGAAUCAAAGGAAAGAGAAAAUGUGCCUGAUGCCCAACAGAAUGUUUUCACCCUUGAACAUGAAGGAUCUCCAUCAACCUCCUUGACAAAGCCCUCAGUGCCAGAGGAAGAACUUAGAGAAAAAGCUUUGCAAGUUGAAAAAAACAUUGGCAAAGAAGGAGGCAGUACUCAGAGCAGCUUCACAGAGGCCAAAGAGGCAACUUUUAGUUUACCAGAAAGUAGAAUUUUGUGUGCACCUUCGCCAGAAGGAAGUACGCAGGAGCCAGUGAGUGGGAAUAUCCAGGAUGUUACAAAACAUGCAGUUGGCUCUUUUUCAGAUGAGACUCUUGCCCCCAUCAGUGUUCCAAGCAAAGAUGCUAAAGUACAGGCUCCAAGCUCUGGUUUCAAAAAACUAUAUCCAGAUCUACCGCUGGAAUUAUUCAGUGAGAGCAUGUCUGAGCUUUCCAUCCGGGCUCAGUUACCUAAAGGAGGGAGACUUUAUCCGGAGAUUCCGGUCGAAGCAGAUUUGGUGCCUUUUACCAAAGAGCAGCUGAAGGUCUUUGAGCCGUGCUCCUGGCUGGAGAACGUGGAUUCCUACGUGGAGGAGUUUGGGAGCACCGCGCAUCAGGACAGGCACGCGUUCUUUGAGCUGUUGCUGAACUACUGGCGCUGCCGGAAGCAGCUCCUCCUGGCUGAGGCCGAGCUGCAAACCCUGGCCGCCAAUUGCAGAAAUGUCAAAGAUCGCCUCUGGACUUUCAAGGAUGAGCAACAGUCAGUCCAGGGUGUCUGUGCCGAUCAGUGCAAAGUGUCCGGCUUCCAUCGCUACCAGACGGUGGAGGUGAAUGAGGGUGCCUUGGGAGAGCUGAAGCGAUUGUUUGAAGCCCAGGCUGAGCAUGUGCACCAGACACUGGCCCUGCACCUCUAUACCUCUGUAUUGUCGCGUCUGCAAGUUGAGUCUUACAUCUACGCAUUGCUCAGUAGCUCUCCCUUGCUGAAGUCUGUAGGCAUCCAGCAACAGGAUUUAGCUUGUAAACAGGGUGAAAAUGCUUCCUCGGAUUUGGGGCCCUUGAAGGAAUGCAUCAGCGUCCUCUUCAGUUUUACCCGCAGAGUCGUGGAGGACCCACAGUUCCAGAACGAUGUACUUUCAUGGCUUCAGAGGCUGGUGUCAGUCUUGCAAAGGGUUGGUUCUCCAGGAGACCAACUCUUCCUCUUAAACCACAUCCUUCGCUGUCCUGCCGGCGUCAGCAAAUGGGCUGUCCCAUUCAUUCAGAUCCGGGUCCUUGGUAACCCAUCUGGAGUCUUUCAUUUCAUGCAGUCCCUCGCUUUGCUGAUGUCUCCUGCCAAAAACCGAGCUGAGUUUAUGUGCCAUAUGAAACCAAGUGAACGGAGGACGUCCUCGUCAUCUGGAAAGGAAUCUGGAAACUGGACUUUAGUCGAUGAAGGAGGAGAAGAGGAUGAAGAUCCUGAUACUAGCUGGGUUCUUCUUCUUGAAGAUGACUUGAUAGCACUGCUGUCCCAAUUCCCUUUCCACGAACUCUUUCAGCAUCUUCUUGGAUUUGAUUCUAAAGGUGUCUAUAGUCCAGAGAAAACCACCUGUCAGGAAAUGAUGAAGAUAUUAGCAUUUGCCAACUCUUUGGUGGAACUUCUUGCUGUGGGUCUGGAGACCUUUAACCGAGCUCGGUACAGGCAGUUCGUGAAACGGAUCGGACGCCUUAUCAGGAUGACGCUUUGCUACGUGAGCGAUCACUGGGCCCAGUACGUCAGCCACGCCAAAGGCUAUGGCUACCCAAUGCACCCCUUCUCAGUGGAGAAACUCCAAGUGGAAUUUGACGAGCUCUUCCUGAGGGCGGUGCUCCAUGUCCUGAAAGCCAAAAGGCUGGGAGUGUGGCUCUUUAUGUCGGAGAUGCCAUAUGGAACUCUGUCCACUAACAUGCUGUGGAAGCUCUUCUUCAUCAUGCAUGGUGCAGAGAGUGAGAACUUAGAGAAGCUGUGUGCCACUCUGCAGCUGGAAGACUGCAAACGCCAACUCAAAGACCCAGCCCACUUGGAGAGUUUUGAGAAGUAUCUCCAGAGCAUGAAUGGCUCCGAGGAAAUCUGCCUACUGACAACCUUUGCCCAAAUGGCUCAGACAAAACGGGAUGAUGCUGAUGAGGACUUUGUCAAAGUCAUUGUGCUGGAGAUCUACGAGGUAUCUUAUGUGAGCCUUUCCACAAGAGAAACCUUUUCAAAGGUUGGCCGGGAACUCCUGGGCGCCAUCACUGCUGUCCAUACAGGCAUGAUUUCUGUCCUACUGGAGCGAGUCAGAGACACCAUAGAAAAGGUCGGCAUGGUUACUCUUUAUUUAUUUAAGGAGCUGCCAAUGCAUCUUUGGAAGCCCUCUGCACCAGAAAUUGCCCUGAUCCGCAACUGGCUGCUGAAUCACAACCUGACCGAAGUUGAGAACAAAUUAGCUUGCAUUAUUCUGGAGGGGCUCAACUGGGGACCAAAUGAGUAUGGCAGCCUUCAUCUUGAUCCCAUGGUCCAUGCUGAAAUUGCACUAAUGGUCUUAGAAGCUUACCAGAAGUACCUCUCUCAGAAACCAUAUAGUGGACUCAUCUCUGAAAGCAUCAAGCAGGUUUCCUACUUGGCCAGCAUUGUCCGUUACGGAGAAACGCCUGAAACCUCUUUCAACCAGUGGGCUUGGGGUCUGGUUCUGAGGCUGAAGCUGCACAUGAAUGACUACGGCAUCCGGCAAGGCUGGCCUUCAGCCCCGCACUCCCACGCUGUGCUUGAACUGACCGAAUCACCCACAUUUCACCCACUGCUGAAGGCUGUCAGGUCUGGCCUUCCCAUUGGCUGCUACCUUGCGCUGGCCAUGACCACAGUGGGCCACAGCAUUGAGAAGUUCUGUGCAGAAGGAAUCCCUCUCCUGAGCAUUCUUGUGCAGUCGCGGCAUCUGAGGACAGUUGUUCAUGUGCUAGAUAAAGUCCUACCUUUGUUCUACCCAUGCCAGUAUUACCUACUGAAAAAUGAAGAGUUUCUAUCAUGCCUCCACCAGUUUCUUCAGCUGGACAGUGGUGUCCCUCAAGGGAUGACGCAACAAGUGACGCAGAAAGUGGCUCAGCACAUAACUGGGGCAAAUUACGGCGAAAAUAUCAAGUUGCUCAACUGCAUGAUACAGAGUCACGUUUUCAUCAGCAGCCAGCCUAGUGCUGUUGGGCCAGCUGCCGUCUUAGAGUUCUGGGCCCAAGCGCUCACCAGCCAGCCCUUGUGGCACAAGGAAAGAGCCAAUCUCUGCCUGAUGGACCACUUGUGCCAAGCAGCAUUCCAGUUCAACCAGGAGGACUGUGUCCAGAAGGUGCUCUACCAGCAACACAAGAAUGCUUUGGGCUACCACUGUGACAAGGGGAUGCUGUCCUCCUUAGUCAGCUGGAUUGUGGCCGGCAACAUCACGCCUUCUUUCAUCGAGGGAAAUGGCAACCCUACACAGGUUUGGUUUGCCUGGACCAUUCUGAAUAUGGAGUCCAUAUUUGAAGAAGACUCUCAACUCCGUAGGGUGGUGGAAAGAGAGCUGGUCAGCAACCCCUUCACUCCUGAGCAGGCUCUGAAGAAAGCUCAGUCCCAGCUGAAGUUGCCCAUCGUGCCGUCGCUUCAGCGGCUUCUGAUCUACCGUUGGGCUCAUCAGGCCCUCGUGACACCGGCUGACCAUCCCCUCCUUCCACUCAUCUGGCAGAAGUUCUUCCUCCUUUACCUCCAUCGCCCAGGGCCACAGUAUGGAUUACCUGUAGAUGGCUGCAUUGGGAAAAGGUUUUUCCAAAGUCCUGCUCACUUGAGCCUGUUAGGAGACCUGAAACAGCGCCUGAUUGAAGCUGCAGAUUUCCAUCACUCGGCCAGCAAAGCGCUCAGGGUGGACAGCCCAGGGAGCAGCAGCGAAAACUUAGUGGACAGGGCAUCCACCCAGGCUAACCACUUGACCUCCCCCGAAUUGCACAAGGAGCUUGUCAGGCUUUUCAACAUGUACGUCUUAUGGCUGGAAGAAGAGAGCUUUCAGAAAGGAGACAUGUACAUUCCCUCUUUGCCAAAGCAAUACGAUGCUCAUCGGCUUGCCAAGGUCAUGCAGAACCAGCAGGAUUUGUGGAUUGAGUUCGUCAACGUUGAACGUAUUCAAUACGAAUUCCAGGAAGCACUAGACUUCUGGUUUCAAGUCCAAGUAGAGACCCAUAUCGCCUCAAGUGCUGCUUCAACACAAACAGACUUUACAAAUCCUAUGUUGGCCAAGGAGCGGAUUAUAAGCGGUUUAAAGGUAUACGAUGCCCCGCAGUCCUCUCUUCCCCUCCAGCCAAUGAAGGCUCCUGUGCCGCUUAUAUCUUCUGCUAGUUUGGUCAGUCCCAGUGAAGCCAAGGCACUGACGCGUGCCACCCUCCGCAUCCUACAGCAGCAAGCCAAAUCUGCAGCCCUGUGGGAGUCCCAACAGGUCGCUUUCAACAACGAAAUAUUGGAUACUCUGCCAAAAUUUUAUACCAAUCGAGAAGAGCAAGUUAUUAUCCCACUGGAGUGCCGUGGCAGUUCUGGCAAAAGUUGCCAGGGACCAUCACUGGUCACCGUCCAGUUUGAAGGAAAGUACAAAAAUGAAGCUGUCGGCCAGCAGCUUCAUGUUUUGGAGAAAGAAGUGAAGCAACUACAAGCGGAAGCCACAAAGCCCCCUUCCCUGAGUGUUGUGGAGGCCGCCGUUCACAUGGAAAACUUUAUAACAGCAUUAAUCAAUCUCUACAAACAUCAGUCUGUGCCUGGGAUUCAUCGUGUCGGCAUCAACCUGUUCUUUGCAGUGGUGGAAUUUGUGUGCGACGAAACUCAGCGCCACCCACCGACCAGGCAGUUCUUUACUUCCUGUAUCGAGAUCCUGGGCCAAGUGUUCAUUGCAGGAACCAAGUCCGAAUGCAAGCCAGUGCUCCAGACCAUUCUGAAGAACCGUAGGCUCUGUACUCUGCUUUCUCCUUACUUCACUCCUGUUGCUUCCCCGGAAGAAUUUGUAAACUUGUACGAGAAAGUUGUGUCUUUCCUCAGCGAUGACAACAGUGAUGUCAUCUUCAUGCUGCUCACUAAGUUUGACCUUCCACAAUGGCUGCACAACUCCAAGCCUCCGCUCUCUGAGCGCACCAGACUCCUGGAGUCCAUCCACUUGGCCCUCAAGGCCUGUGGCUUUGCACCCGAUGAAGACAUCUUGAUGCCCUUUUCUAUCUUCUCCAAGCACUGGACCUGCCUCCUUCGGUACCAGUUUCCCGACCAUUACAGUGCCUUCCUGAGGCUGCUCAUGCAAAGUUCUUCAGAUCAACUUCUCAGCCCUGACUGUUGGAAGGCAUCUCUUAAAGCGUUGGGUUGCACCUCCACAGCAGUUCAAAAAGGCAGAGGGAAAGAGGAGGCAAAAGAGAGUAUCGCAUUGCAAGCUUCAGUGGAUCCGUUUCUUUCAGCAGAACAGGUCAUGGAAACUAUUGAAUGGUUUUCAGACUAUUUCUUCCAGCUGCGCUUGUCUUCGCGAGACUUCUGUAGCUUUGGGUUGUUUUCAAAGUGGGCUCCCUACAUUGCUGAAGUGAACUGCUUCAUGGAGUAUCUUGUCAACCACCUUGUUAAUUCAGAGGUCACCAGCUUGUCACGAGAACCACUGGGCAGCAAGAAGGUUCUGGCAGCGCUUCACUCUUUGCAGUCAGUCAUCACCAAACUGUUUAAACCUUGGAUUGAAGUUGUUGAGAGAGAAGAUGCAAGCAAGCAGCCAUGUUAUCCGUGGUUGGAGAGUGACACUCCUGUGGCUUCAAAUACGGUGAAGUUGUAUGCGUACAGCAUCGGCAUUCUGCAUGAAAGUUUUAAAGAUAAGCUCCUGCCAAGCCACCAUGGGGUGCUUUGGUUGCACAUGAUGCACUAUUGCAAGUCAUGCACGGCUCCCAAGAUGCCAGAACAUAUUCUCUACACCCUUCACAAGGAGUUAGGUUGCCUUCCCUGGAAAGAGAUGCAUCCAGACCGGCAGAUGAUGGAGGAAUUCUUUAAAGUGGAAAGAGGCAGCCCCAAAAGCUGUUUCAUCUUCCUGGGCUCCGUCUUGUGUGAAGUCAACUGGGUCAGUGUCCUCUCCAGUGCCUGGAAUCCUGACCCACCUUUGGAAACCCACGACAUGAUUGUGUGCCUCCUCUAUAUGGUGGUCCUGCUGGCAAAAGAGGAGGCGCUUCUAACCAAACAGGAGUCACCGCUGCUCAAUCUCCUCGGACAGACCAGCUCCCUUCCUUGGCAGCUCAUCAGCAUCUUAUCUUAUGAAAGCAUCAUCAGCUACUUCAACAGCCACUACCCCCCUUCCAUCAUCCUUGCCAAGGAACCUGCUGCCGAAUUGAUUGUGAAGCUCUUGAAGGCAUCUGCAGGGUUUGGAGCUUCUUCCGAGAGCCACGUGCACCUUGAUGCGACCCCCAAGUGCCGAGCCUACAUCCACCAGGUUGUCCACUUUCUCAGCAUCCUGGAGCAAGAUGGGAAGAUCACGUUUUCAGCUCUGGAACAGGAGAUGUCAAAGCUGCUAGAUGAUAUUGUCAUCUUCAACCCACCAGACACGGACCUGCAGACGCGCCACCUGGCCUUAAGUAGCCUCUUUGUGGAAGCCCUGAUGAUGAUGAACAAUGCCAGCGUUUCCACGGCUGAGUCUCUCCGGAUCAGUUUACGAAACUGGAUUGACAGCACUGUGCAAGGGUUAGGGGUCAUGCCUCUCCUAACAGCUGCCUGCCAGAGCCUGGCCUCCGUCCGACACAUGGCCGAGACCACAGAGGCCUGUGUCACUGCCUAUUUUAAUGAAGAUGCUCCACUCAACCAAGAUGUGGGCUGGGGCCCCAUUGUGGCCUCUUUGCAAGUUCCUGAACUCACGGCCGGAGACUUCCUGCAGGAGUGUCUUUCCCUGGGCAGCUACCUCACCCUCUAUGUCUACACAUUGCAGCAGCUGAAUGCCGAACAGACCCUGGCCAAUGAAAUGCGAGUGCUGCAGAUGCUGAGCAAGUGGUUGGAGCAGGUGUAUCCCAGCUCUGCAAAAGAUGAAGCCAAGCUUUUCCUUUGGUGGCACAAAGUGCUGCAGCUCUGUCUCCUCCAAGUGGAUCAGGAGGAUGCCGUGUUGAUGGAGUCGGUCAUCCGGAUCCUGACGUCUCUGCAAAGUAGGCAGAACGCUCUGGCAGAAGAGCGACUCGCGUCCGGGAUUCUCGGUGCUUUUGGGCUUGGCCGGAGAUCUCCGUUGUCAAACAGGUUCCGUGUCGUCGCUCGGAGCCUGUCUGUUUUUCUGUUGGUACAAAUUCCUGUAGAGAAUCAGAUCCGGCUGAGAUCUGGAGUGGAGCUGCAACUCUCUAGCAAAGCUCAGCAGGCAUUGAGUGCUCUUGACUCUCUCGUUUCAAACAAACAAUACAUGGAAUACCAGGAGCAGAUCUCUCAAGCGUCCCAGUUCAUCAAGGACUCACAUCAUUCCCUUCGUGAUGGGAACAGCCUUCUGGCCAUCCUCGUCAAUACUUUGUACCCAGAAGUGCAUUAUUUGGAUGCUAUCCGAUAGCAGUCAGCAGGGGGCAGGUGGCUUUGCCUCACCUCUUUUUACAAUCAUGGAUUGAUCUUCUGUUUACACUUGACAGUGAUGUUGCACAUGAGAGCGACUUUGCUAAAGGAGGACCCCUUGGAUGAAGGGCGAGGGAGAGACAAUGGAGAUGGACGAGUCUGGAGAGAAGCUUGAGUUUCAAUGUCCUUCUGAAAAAAGUGGCAAGAAGAUGCUUGAGUUUCUCUAUGGCCACCCCUCUGGCUUUUCAGUGUGGAGUUUAAAUGGCUCAGUUCAGUGGAGCUUGUGAAAAGAUACCAUAUUGAGUCCUGCUUCAAAACAGAGAGAAGCCAACCUGUCGUUCCCACUAGCAUUGGACUACAAGUCCCAUCAUGCACCAUGCUCAGGCUCCCUUGGGCACCCAAAGACAUUUUGGAAUGGGGAUUGCUACAGUUUUUUCAAAGCUUUUGUAUACUUGAGCAUAGAUGGCAGAACUUGAAACAGUUGUAUUUUUGGACUACGGCUCCCUGAAUCCCCUAGCUACCAAGGCUAAACGAUGGAUUUUUGAGCUGUAGUCUAAAAAAAUUAACUUUCCUGGACUCUGACGGUUGCUGUUAUUGAAAUAGUGCCAUAUAUAUAUAUAUACCUAUGGGGGUGCUUUUUCUGGCCCUUUCCAAGUUUAAUUUUACUUUUGUGCCUUUUUUCCCUUUUGACUGUGAAAUGCCUGGGCCAAUAUCUGUAUAUAAUUAAGAGUUUUGGACCAUCCUCAAGCUCUUUUUUUUCUUCAUCCACUUCCGGCUACUUAAGGUUUUUUUUUUUUAAACUGUUUAGUCUUAUAAUAAGAACUCAUUUGGAACCUCUGCCACAGAAGUAAACUUCAUAUGCUCACCUUUGUACAGAUAGAAGCAGGUCUUAUUUGGAAAGGAGAGCUCUUCCAUAAAUAAGAUAAAAUUUCCCCUUUUUAUCAUGUGCUUGGAAUAAGUCAUUGAUUUCCACGUUGCUCUAGGAUUAAACUUUGCUACGAGAGAGCAAAUAGAUUUAAUUUGAAAGAGUUUAGUACGGAACAUUAUAUUUUUAUUUUAACAGUUAUCUUUUGAACUGUGUUUUCUGGCAGAGUAGCAAGAUUUUAAGACUCACAGGAUUCUUCUUCCUUGGAGCAGAGCUCUGUAAAUCAAAAAGUUGCUACACCGUCGGGAUAAAAAUCAUGGACUUGUUGGAUUUUGGAUUCAAUAAGACAAAAUUCAACCAAUUUCCUCAGUAAACUGAGGUUCUUUCUACACUCCCAUAUAAUGUAGUGCAUUAUAUGGUCAGUGUAGACCAGGCAUGGGCAAACUUGGGCCCUCCAGGUGUUUUGGACUUCAACUCCCAUAAAUCCUGACCUCAGGCCCUUUCCUGGAAGGGGCCUAAAGCCAGGAAUUGUGGGAGUUGAAGUCCAAAAUACCCAGAGGGCCCAAGUUUGCCCAUGACUGGUCUACACUCAUGUAAUGCACUUAAACAAUUGGGCAUUUCUUUAGGAUGGGACAGUCAUCCUUUGGGAAAAUAUCUUACGGUUUCCUUUGUCUUACUAGAUUCAGAUAAUGCUCCAGAAAGGCCUAUUCAAACAUUAAAGAAUAUGAGGAAUUAUCAUUAAUUACACUAGACUGCCAAACUGUGGUUUUGCCAUUUGAUUGUUCUGUUAUUUGUUGCCUUAUCUGAAUGCAUUUUUCUCUUCCUUCCUCUAUUUUGGAAAAACAAAUGCCAAGUUCUCUCAUCAUAACACAUAUGUAGCUAUUUAAAUCCCACCAAAAAGAGCCAAACAUCGGAAACUAUUCUGCUCAUUCCUUCUUAUUUCGUUAUUGGUGUUUCAUUCACUCGUGUAGAUUCUAGCAAACUCUUUGGGAAGUGUUGUGUGCAAACUUGGGACACUUUUCCUGCUUUUUCGUCAUCUCUUUUGCUCUGUGUAGCUCACGAUUCCUUACCUAAAUGUCUACUUCCCAACUAAUCAACCCUGGCAGAUCAUAUUGAUUGCCUUUCCCUAAUUUGCUAUGAUAAUUCAUUGCUAAUUGCUAUUAACUGAACAUUGGUGAAUGAUUCACGGUUGCCGUUUCUGGACAAUUUUCCUUUCUCCUCUUGCCAAAUUACAAAAAUAAGAUGGUUGCAGCAAGGUUUUCAGAACUUUCUUUUCAUGGGAUAUUGUGGUGGUGAAAACCCUAACAGGUGAGUUGGUGUUUUCUACAAGUGGAUAGAAAAUGCUGCUCUUUUUUAUUUUAAGAGUAAGGAAUGGAAGAAGAAGAAGAAACAACUUGUGUGAUGUCACUUGGCUCAGUGUUAAUGAUAUUUAAAACAAAACCAAUCUGUGAAAAUGCAGAAAAUAUUAUGUGUGUAUCUGGCAUGAGAGUUUUAAUACGGGAGGUUCUGUUUUGGAUGUGGCUUUAACAAAAAGUGUGUUUACAGUGGUUUGUGUCUGCAAGGACCACAGGAAAUAAACUGUGAGAAACACUGAA